CCGCCCACCCCGUCCGUGGAAGAUGGCGGCGCGGCGAUGCGCCAGGAGCGGCGCUACGAGCGGGGGCGGCCGUGGGAAGGGAAGGGACGCGGCGCCGCCCGCUGGGCGCUGCUCGCACAAACGCUCCGGCUCCUCCCGCUGCGUGAGCGACGCGUCUGACACCGCCCCACAUUUACCUGCGAGGUGCUUCGUGCCAGAGGCCGCCAGAAGACCGGACAGUAUUUGAAGGCUUGACAAAUGCAUCCCAGGCUGAAAAACUGCUGUGUUUCUCCUCCUCUUCCUCCUUUAGAAAACUGACUUCUUUAAAGAGAGGUAAGAGAGCAGAUACAGAAGUAAGAAAAUGCUGGGAUCAGAACGGGGUGUGGUGGAAGAAUGGCUGUCGGAAUUCAAGGCAUUACCUGAAACACAGAUUUCCAGCUAUGCAGCUACGUUGCACCGAAAAAAACCACUGGUACCAGCUCUUUAUAAAGUCAUUCAAGACCCAAAUAAUGAGCUCCUGGAGCCUGUUUGCCACCAGCUCUUUGAACUGUAUCGUAGUUCUGAAGUUCGACUGAAGAGAUUCACGCUGCAAUUUUUGCCAGAGCUCAUCUGGGUAUAUCUGCGUCUUACUGCCAGCAGGGAUAGGCAAAGUAAUGGUUGCAUUGAAGCAUUGCUGCUUGGCAUUUACAACUUGGAAAUUGCUGACAAAGAUGGAAACAACAAAGUUUUAUCUUUCACCAUCCCUUCAUUAUCUAAACCCUCGAUAUAUCAUGAGCCCUCUACUAUUGGAUCCAUGGCUUUAACUGAAGGAGCUCUGUGUCAGCAUGAUCUCAUCAGAGUAGUUUACAGUGAUCUUCAUCCUCAAAGAGAAACCUUCACAGCACAGAACAGGUUUGAGGUGCUGAGCUUUCUCAUGCUGUGCUACAAUUCUGCUAUUGUCUAUAUGCCUGCCUCUUCUUACCAAUCGCUUUGUAGGAUGGGUUCCAGGCUGUGUGUGAGUGGUUUUCCACGGCAGCACGAGAAACGCUGGAAAGAACACUGUGGUAGAGUGGUGUUAGACCCUGACUUCAUGGUGCAGCUGCUCACAGGUGUCUAUUAUGCUAUAUAUAAUGGUCAAUGGGAUCUCGGCCAGGAGGUAUUGGAGGACAUAAUUUACAGAGCACAGCUUGAACUCUACUCACAACCUCUAUUGGUUGCAAAUGCCAUGAAAAACUCACUGCCCUUUGAUGCUCCUGAUGCAUCCCAAGAAGGCCAGAAGGUACUUAAAGUAGAAGUUACUCCAACAGUGCCGAGGAUUUCUCGAACUGCCAUUACAACAGCUUCAAUCCGUCGUCACCGCUGGAGAAGAGAAGAUGGCUUUGACUUCUCAAACGAGGCUGACUCAAGCAUACCUGGCUCACCGAUCCAACACGGCUCCACAGACCUAGGGAUCAAACGUGAGCAAGAGGGGGAGGUGCUGAUGCGCAGGACCCCUGAGCAUGGCUUCCCGGAGCCCACCUUGGCAGCUGCCACAACAGAGGAUACUGAAGGUGUAAAUGGAAGAGAGGAAUCUGUGAAUCUUAACGAUGCUGAUGAAGGAUUUUCAUCAGGAGCAUCUCUCAGCAGCCAGCCAGCUGGGACCAAGCCUCAAUCAUCUGUAUCACAGAAGAGCAGCUUAAGGAAAACCGCAAGUGGACGUUCUGCUAAGGAUAAAGAAACCUCUUCUGCAGCAAAAUCCAAUGACAGCCCUCGAGAUUCAGUAGCUCGGAAGCAGUACGUGCACCAAUCCACCGACCUUGGUGCAGAUAUAAUUGAGAUGACACCUACUAAGAAACACCUCAGCCUGCCUGCUGGGCAAGUGGUGCCAAAAGCCAACAGUCUGAGCUUGAUCAGGACUGCCAGUGCUUCCUCCAGUAAAUCGUUCGACUAUGUGAAUGGUAGUCAAGCAGGCUCCAGUGUUGGAGUUGGUACAGAAGGUGUUACCAAUCUAGUAGCUGGCAACACCAAUCGUUUUUCAACUAUCAGCCUACAAGAGGACCGACUAGGCCACGCUGGGGAAGGUAAAGAUCUUCUUCCUCCAGGAACUCCCCUGACCAAACAGUCUCGAUCUCCAAGUUUCAAUAUGCAGCUGAUAUCCCAGGUGUAACAUUUAACUCCCUUUGUUAGGACUCCCUAUUUGCCCUAAAUCCCCAGGCAAGUUCGUUCUUAGGCAAAACAAGAACCAUCGUCCUGCAGUGUGAAAAUACUGACUGUUGUGAUCUUGUUUGAUUUGGUUUAGCUAUCAUACUGUAUUACUGAAACAGCAAUAAUUCUUCCCCCACCUUCAUUCUGCCCCCUUGUAAACAUGGUUGUGAAGCAGUAUAUAAUGUACUGUAUGCCUUUUUCCAUGCCUUCCUUUCUCCUUGGGUGAUGUGCAAUCCAUCGUAGGCUGAUCAGUCCCAUUUCAACACUGUGAGACUGGAGACACCGUCGGAAAUGGUGAAUGUGAUCCCUAUGAGAUGAUGCUUUGGCUUUGUUAAGAAAUAGAAACGGGUUUGCUUUCUCGGUCUACAGUACUGCAAAGACUACUGGAUCAUGACCUUUCUUUCACAGAACCAGGAGUGCCUCAGAGAUUCUGAUGUGACUUUGGACCUCUCUGAGUCUGUGCAAUCAAUUCUGGGGAGGGAAUUGUCAUUGCUGCUCCUGGCUGCUUACAGCACUUUCAUCUAAACGAGGGUAGUUUUUUCUCGCCUGCCCCUAGUCUCUCAUCCCAGAAGCUUUUGAUGUUCAGCAACUGAGACGUGCUUAUUACCAAGUUGUUUUCCCUCUUGGGGAUUGUAAGUAGAUAAUGUAGGUUACAAUGCACUUCUAAUGGUGUUGUAGCCAUGUGUAACAUUAUAUGUCUUCCCCUCCAGGACACAGGGUCAUUCUGCAUGUAGACUAAAUUUUAGACAAGACCAUGCUGUUAAAGAAAUUAGAUUUGUAAGCGGGAGGGAAGCACUAUGUUCCCAGGAACUAAUGGCUAGCUCUGCUCCAUUUUUGUUGUGGGUGUUGUUGUUGUUUGUUGUUGUACUUGUGAGGUGGUGAUCACUGAGUUUGAAAAGUGUAUUUGGGUAAAAGAGUAUUUCUCAGGCUGCUUUCUACAGUAUCAUGGAUGUUAGACAUCCCCGCCCCUUUCAGCUUCUUCCUCGGUGUCCCUAAAUUCAGUCAUGGAGUCAUUUUGAGAAUCUUGCAGUCCAAACAGAUCAUCCUCCUAAGGGACUGUCUCAGGGAUAGAGAAUUUUGUCUUUUUUUGCUAGAAACACAGAAGCUUUAAUGUGAAAUGCUUUUCUAGAAAUACCAUUUACUCAAAGGGGUACUGACAGUCCUUUUUUUUCCCCAGAAGGAUCACAGUUCAUUGCCUUGAUAUUUAUCAUCUAUUAUAUUUUUCAUAUUAUUUUAGUGGAGAGACCCCUACUCUAGAAAAUGCAGAACUCAUGCCAUUGAGCCAAGCCUUGAAUGUAUAUGACUGGUGUGAAUGGUGGGCACUGGCUGGUACUUACGCUAGAAAACACUGCUUAGAAGCACAUUUCUGAUUGUGUAGGAAAAUGUUUGUCAUUUUAUCUCUCUGUCCUAUUGCUAGAGAGAAAAGGAGAAAGUUCAUCCUGUAUUCUUAAGUAAUGUAUGAUAUCCUGGAAGUUUACACAUUGUAAAUCCACAGAAAAGAGCUAUGAUCUUCAUGCGAGCACUUUGGUUUCAUUGUCACUGUGAAGAGUAAACAUAAGCUGUUAGACAAAGCAGGUUAUCUUUGAAUAACAGAGAAUCUUUAAGAAAUUCAGGACAACAACAUGGCGUUACUUUCGUUAUUAGGUUUUAUAAUGUUUUUUUCUUUUUUUUUUUCUUUUGAACCUCAAUUCCAAACAGAACUUUCAGAUUUACAUUAAAACUCAUUUAAAUAUUUGAAAGUUUUUUGUAACUUGAUAAAUCGCAUUGGCAGUCUAGUCUUCAGAUCUUACAUUUAUAGAAAAGUGAAUUAAAUGGCGUCUGGACUGAUGCAGAAUUUCAUUUAAAAAAUAGAAUCUUCAGAAAUAAAGCCCUGCUGUUUCAGAAUUUAGAUUAGCCUUUAAGGGCCGCUACAGAUAGAAGUAAGGCACAGUUGAGAUUAAACUGUGAGUGAAUUUCUUUUUAUGAUUAGACUCUUCUUCAUUUUGUCAAGUUUUGCUGGUGGAGAUGAUUGGCAAGUUAUGGCUGUGCACAAGUUUGCUUGGUAGUUGUUUCUUCCCUGAAGGUACAAAAUUGUAGAGAUCAUCAAUAUGAGAAUUCUGUUGAAGUGCCAUCAACGCGAACUGAUACGGACCAAAUGAUUUGAUUAAAUCUUCGGGAAAUAAAAGGUUGGGAAUGUCAGCUGUGUGAGGAAUUACUUCAAGUAUUUCUAUGCCUUUAAAACAUAAGGGUUGCUUGUUUAGUAAGGUUCUCUGGUUUCUGCUAUUCCAGACAUUCUUGUAGAAGUUGUAGGACAUGUAAAUCAGCAUUGGGCCAAACUUUAGAAGUAAAUAUUUUAUAUUCUUAAGGGUUGAGCUCCACACUGUUACACUAUUUCAGGAAAGCGAGGCAGCACAGUGACUUCAGAUAGGGAAAUCAGGUGUACAUGCCUCAAAUUGAAGUAGUUUAAAGUUCAGGCAAACUCCAAAUCAGGAUGUUUUUUGCAGCCCUCACUUUGGUGAUAUGCCUUUUGUUAUAGCUCAGCUCGUUUUAUUCUGGCUUGUUUGUGGUUGUGUAUACACACACAAGAACAAACCACAUAUAUAUAUAUAUAUAUAUAUGUAUGUAUAUGUAUAUGUAUAUGUAUAUACACCUAUAUAUUCAAUUUCAUCUCUAUUAAAAAGUUAUUUUUUGCUAUGUGCUGAUGUGCAGCAUCUGUAACUUGCCAAGAUUAUCCCUUGAGUGCAGCAUUUCAUCUGUGGGAAGUUGUUUUGUCAUUUUCUAGGCACAUACUGAUCAACAUCUGUCUUACAAAGUGAGUUGUCACUAUGAUCUGCAGACCAGCUGUAAUAGCAGUCUCUGCCAGUGCUGUGUAUCACACUUAGCUGUAAUCCUUCUCAGUGUCUCAGACUUUACCAAGGUGCGUGAAGAUUGUAGCAAAACCUCGUAUAGUGACAUUCAAUACGCUUCAAAGUUCUGUGGUGGUAAUAAAGUUAGAAAUGUCCAGGGUCUGGGCUGUGAGAAUAAUCUGCUGGUUUUCUGAUUGUGUUAAAUACCAAACAGAAAGCAUGCUCUAAUUUUCUGAUACCGGUGACAAAUAUCUAAAUUUAAACCUCUUUAUUCUGAAUUCACUCUGCUGUGUCACGUCUUAGAACAUUUGGUACAUAAUGUCAGGCACUAGUUGGAAAUUUCUGCACUAUUUCAGUGCAGUUGCAGCAUUGUAAAAGAAGGCUGAAAACCAGAACACUACGUGUGUGCAUGUGUAUGUGUGUGCAAAUAUUUUUGAUGCUUAGGUGAGGAAGUGCGGGUACUAUAUGUAGAUGUCUAUACACGUGUCAGUAGGGAUAAAUUAAUUAUCCCUUGAUACAGUUUUUAUCAUGUUACAUUAUGUUGCCAUUUUACAACUCAUUUUUCUUGGGCUUUAUAAUUUUUAAAAGACUGCUAAAUCAGACUUUGGUUCUCCUUUUCAGGAGGUUUUUGUGAGCAGAUUUUUGGUUCAGUGUUGAUCCCGUUUGUUUUUCAUCCUGCAGGCCACAAAGUGAUGAAGCGAAAGUAUCUAUUGCGGUGAAUGUGGCAAGAUGAAGUUUUAAGUUGCUUUGUUACUCUCGCUAGUUUUAAUUUGGAUACUUUAUGUCACUGUUCGCUUUAAAUGCAAAUUUCUUUGAACACGCUUUCUGAUGUGGGUUUGAAAAAGCUUUUAACGGUGUACUUCAUUCUGUAGUCCUGAACAUCAUGUUGCAGCCAGUAAGCGUUAAACGUAGUUAUUUGUAGAUUGCAAGUGUGUUGGUCUCAAUUACCUAAAUCUAACAUUUCCAACACGCUCCCGCUAGCUUGAACACAGCUAGUCAUCUGUUCUGACAGCAAAAUUACGAGGAGAAAAACUGUUUUCUGACAACUUAUUUAUUUGCACUACUUACGAAUACUGGAGUUUACUGGGACAGGGUUUUUUCUCACCAUGUGAGGUUUACUUGUGUGUGGGUAGGUACAUACAUUUGUCACGUGUUGACAAUCAAUUGCCUCAACUGUGUGUAUACUGUAUGUAAAUAUGAACAUAUUUUUCAAGAUUAAGGGGGAAACCUGCACCUUAAUGGUGGUAAAGCUGCUCUGUAGAAAGGUGGCCCCGACUCUUACCCCUUUCUGUCUCCAGAUAGAUGUGGCUUGUUUUACUUCUUUAAUGAACAUAAUUAAUUUUCCUGGAAAAUUUUAGUUCCAGGGAGAUUUUCCUCAAUGUUUAAUGUAUAGCAUGUUCAGAGAAUUAUAUUUUCAAAAGUUAAUUUUGGUGUAGAUUAUUCUAUGCUAUGGCUGUAUUUUAACCUAAGGUUUAAAUUUGUUCUAUUUUAUCAUGAAACAAUGGCUCUCUUUCAAGUGUUCGAGUGUUUUAAUUUCGGUCACGGGCCGGAAAUUUUUGUUUGACUUGGCUUACAAAUUUAAGUUAAUUUGAAGACCAAGUAGUAACCAAGAAUAACUUAUUGAAUAAAGUUCUUAAUCAGUACAAACUUGAUACUGAACUCAUAAUCCUGGAGGAGGUGUGGAAAGCAUAAUGGAACUUGAAUGGAACGUGUGUGCUGCAUACAGAACAAAAAGAUGUUUCUGUUAUUUGUGGAUCUAUAAGUCUUAUCCUUAAAUUUUGCUAUUCUAUCACUGCCAAAGAUAUUGUUACCUUGGCAUGUUUCGUAUGGGACUGAAACUGUUAGCUAAGUCUCAUUUAUAACAUUCAUUUACAUCACUGGAAUAGUUCAUAUCAGAACAAUAAACAUGCUUUCUUUUUCAAUGGCUUGUUAAGGACGAUCACUAGGUAAAGUUAUCAAUAACCAGUCCUUUCAAAGCAUCAAAAGCAGAGGGCUAAUCCUCUGUACUUGCAUUAUAUUCUUGGCAUAAAUAAAAUUGAUCAAUAUUUAUUUUCUCUGGUAUUUUAAAUGCUGCUUAUUGCUGAUAUAUGGGCCUUAAUUUCUCUUUCUCUUAUUAAAGUAAGAUAAAUUUCUCUUAAUUUUUCAAAAUAGUAUUAGUCUGUUUUCCCACUGGCUCUUAAAUAAAUUUCACUCCCGCGAAGCUUUUCUGUGGUUGAUUUGGGGCAACAGAUCCCGGUGUGGACAUUGUAUUUGUGAAUACAUACAUCAGUCUGUCAAAAUCCACAUGCUUGUGAUCAGCUGAAGAGAUGAAAUACUCACCUGCCUCUUAAACAGUGAUGGACAGCAGCAGAGAGAUCUGUGAGCAACUUGGUUCAUCAGUACUGUAUGAAAGCAAGCAGUAAAUGGAUUUUGCAAGACUGAUCUGUGCGAUGAUUUUCACUUAGUCAUUAUAGAGUUUUAUUUUGAAGUGAACCAAAUAGUGGAACAAAUGUUCAAAACAUAACAGGUAGCCGUUUCUCAGAAAGUUACCUUGUAAGUUUGGCAAGUGUCAAGGCCUGUUAUCAUGUAAUACAUUAGAAGUUCAAAAGCAAGCUCUACAAGUCUGAGGGUACCUCACAGCUGCCAGGAAUGGAUUUAGUACAUCUGCCUCAUGUUAUGUGACCUUGAGAUUCUUGUGAAGAAAAAAAGAAUCAUAAGUAAUUUCUGCCUGUUAUUUAUAUUCUUAGAAUAAAAAAAACCCCAAACACUUCUGAUUAUUUUUUUUUUGUCUGUACUGAUCAGAUUUAAAAAACAGAUAGUUUUAGGGAUAACAAGAAUUUUAAAAUGGGUCUAUAAAUUACGUGUUCUAUCAUAAAGGAUUCCUAAGCUACUCCUGUGGGGAGCUGCUGUGUGAGAACACUUGUACAGUAAAACUUUGUGUCUGUACAGUAAAGCCUUGGCCUACGUUUUAGCUUGUGCACAAUGGGCAAAGUCGAUUAAGCUGUAUUAAAAAGUUAUUCGGUUGUGAGCUCCCAGUGUUUUGUAAUCCUCAUCCUCCCCAGAACUGAUGAGAAAACAGAAAAACAGAAAUAAUUCUGUGAUUCUGUGAAAAACAAGUAUGAACGAAGCAACCUUUUCAAAGAGAAAUGAGCUUUGUUCAAAAACAGGUGGGACUUGGGAGUGACAAGUACUGGCUUCUGACACUGUCCUUUUUGUUCACGUGGUUCCUGUUGUUGUGCUGGACUUUCAUGCUGUUUAUGAAAAAAAAUUUGAGUGUUAGAAACUUUAUGGCUUGAAGUAUCCAGUAGAUGUGAGUUAGCAAUCACUCUAGAUAAACCACUUCUCAAAGCUUUUUAGUAGAUAGUACUGGGGUGUGUCUGUGUUUUUGUGUGCCGGUGUUCGACGAUUACUUUGAAACAAGACUUCUUACUGUUUACGUGCAGGAAGCGCAUACUUUCAGGAUGGAUAUAACUGGUUUAUUUAUGAAGAGAAAACGGACGAUUAAAUAAAACUGAGUCAUUUAACGUUAUUUUCCAUAUCGAGGAUUCCAGGGAAAAAAAAAAAAAAA